AUGAAGCUUCUUGGCCUUGGUGCAAUUUUGUCUUUAGCCAUCAAUAUCAUCGCAAGCAACGUUGGCAAUUUCGAAUAUAACGACGUGCUCGGCAUCUGGCUUCCCAAACACGAGGUCUGGACCGAUGAGCACCAUAUCAAACACCACGACCGGCGCAUCCGAGAACGUGAACCAGAACAUCACCAGCAUGAGCACAAGAUCCCUGGUAUAGCUUCCCAAUACGUGAUCCACGAGGAUGCUGCCAUUCACAAACACGACGCCGACCAUCACCUGACAUUCUAUCCUCACCCUGAACACAAGCGGAAUAUUCCCAGAUUGAUAGUCUAUGUACAGACUUUCAGGACGCCGGAUGGGAAACCUUUGAGCUUACUACCACUUUUGGAACAUCAGACGGGGAUCACGCAUGUUAUUCUUGCGAGUGUGCAUUUGCAUGAGAAGCCUGGUGAGAUCAGGUUGAAUGAUCAUGCUUUUAGUGAUCCCACGUGGGAUCUGAUCUGGGAGGAAGUAAAGAUCUUACAGAACAAUGGUGUGAAAGUCAUGGUUAUGCUGGGAGGUGCUGCUGCUGGGACGUAUAAGAGAUUGAAUGGGACGGAUCAAGAGUUUUACGAAUACUACCACCCCCUCCGCCAACUCCUCCAAACCUACAACCUCGACGGCAUCGACCUCGACAUCGAAGAAACCGUCCCCCUCACCGUCCCCAUCCGCCUCCUCACCGCCCUCCACCGCGACUUCGGCCCCGAAUUCAUCCUCACCAUGGCGCCCCUCGCCUCCGCCCUCGCACACAAAGACGGCCAAAAUCUCUCCGGCUUCUCGUACUUCCUCCUCGACGAAUUCGCCACCGUUCCCGGCUCAGAUACCAAGCUCGUGCACUGGUACAACGGGAUGUUCUACGGGGGAUUUGCGCGCGGUCCGCCGUUUUACGAGAGUGUGCUUGAGCAGGGGUGGGAGCCGGAACGGGUGGUGAUGGGUGUGUUGGAUUGUAAGGAUGAUGGGCAGCCGAAUGGGUUUGUGGGUGUGGAGACGCUGGGGGAGACGGUGAGGAGUUUGAGGAGGGGGACGAGGGAGAGUUUUGGGGGCGUGAGUGGCUGGGAGUAUUGGGAUGCGGGGCAGAGUGAGGAUGUGGUGAUUGAGCCGUGGAUGUGA